UCAUUACGUGGCUGAACUUACACUAAAAAUAAUUCUUAUUUCUUUACUUGUUUCCUUAAAUUUAAUUAAUUAAACAUUUUUUAAAUAUUAUCUUCCAUAUUAUAUCUCAGAAUGAAAUACACAUAUAAAAGUUCAUGGCUAUUUACAGUUCUAGCAUUUGUAUCAUUUAAAACAGCUAGCUGUUAUACUAUUACUGUGGAUGCACACGCCGAAGAGUGUUUUUUCGAAAAUGUUGAAGCAGGUACUAAGAUGGGUUUGACAUUUGAAAUAGCAGAAGGUGGAUUCUUGGACAUAGAUGUAACGAUUACUGGUCCCGAUGAUGCAGUUAUGUAUCGUGGUGAUAAAGAGUCGUCGGGCAUGUACGCCUUCUCAGCACCUACUUCGGGAAGAUACACUUACUGCUUCAGCAACAAAAUGUCAACAAUGACCCCAAAAGUAGUAAUGUUCAACUUCGAAGUAGGUGAUGCACCUCAUAAAACUGGUGACAAAGAGGAUGAUGCAAAUCAUAAUAAGUUGGAGGACAUGAUCAAAGAGUUGGCUACUACUUUAAAGACUGUAAAACAUGAACAGGAAUAUAUGCAGGUGCGUGACAGGAUCCAUCGUUCCAUAAAUGAAAACACAAACUCACGAGUUGUUUUAUGGUCUAUAUUUGAAGCAUCAGUACUCCUUGUCAUGACUCUAGGACAGGUCUACUACUUAAAAAGGUUCUUUGAAGUUCAAAGAGUUGUGUAACAUUUUACAUUGUAUUAUAUAGAUGAACUUUACUGGACUGAUAAAGUUAAGUUAAAGUUUGCCUGUACAAUGUGGACAACAGGCAAAGUUUUUUUUAAUAAAAUAUUGUUGAAAACAAAAGUUCGGAGAACUUACAUCCCAAUCAUUAUUUAUGAAGAAAUAUAUAAAUGAAUGUUCUCAAGUCCACUUACUACUUCUUAACAAAAUCAAUACAAUUUUGACAUUUAGUAUUUCGAAAACAUCUGUGUAAAUAUGAAACUAUACCACGUAGUAUUCCAGGCACUAUUUACUGUUAAAAAUUUUAUUUUAUAAUGCUGCGCAUGUUAAGUUCAUCAUCACAGUUAUAAAUAUCAUGUGUUUAGUAUUCCAAUUCUUGGAAGUAAAGAUUUCAGAAUAUUACCAUUAUUAUCAAAAGAGAAUGACUAGUUAUGAAUAAAUAAUGUAACUAUUGUUAGGUGAGUGACAUGACCGUCGGUACUUGCUGAUCUGAUGUGUGUAUAGAUGAACGUUUGUGGUGCAUGUAUGUAGCUGUUUCAAUAAAUUAAUAAUGUUUAUAAAACUACUGUCUUUUUAAUUCCCAUUAGCCGUCUAUUGAGAAAUUCGGUGCUAUUGAGAAAAUGCUAAAAUAUUGAAAAAUUAUUCCAAGCUAUCUAUAAUAUUGGAAUAUUAGUUACACAACCAAUGUCAUAGGUAACCUACACCUAAGUAAUUAUUACGCAACUAUUUAUUUUAGUUAUUUACUCACACCUGCUUGUAAUAAUAUAAAAAAUAUAUGAAUCUGUAUUUUAAUUCAAUUUUAUUGAGAUUUUAACAAUUAUAAUAUAAUAUGCACACUUGGUAAUAUCACAAUUGCUAAGGUUUAUUUGAUCAGAAUUUCCAGGAUUAUAGACAAUGCUCUUAAGAUAAAAACAUUAUUCUGUAAAUUAAUUUAGCAC